GUACAGGUUGAGCAUAUCCUUCUCUGCCCAGUGUUCCAGCAUCUACCGGUCUACAACCCCAAAGCAGCCUACCUCGGUAUCAAGCUUUAGUCCAGGGCUGUUCAGCUAGAUCUCCUCUCUUCAUUAUCCAUACCCACAUUCUAUCUCCUACCUUCUGGCCCAGCAUGUCGACUCAGUUUGUCCAGCCCUAUUCACUCCCCAUGCCCAUCUCCUCCAAGGGACGUGAGCGCGACUACAGCAGCAGCGCCUACUCCGUCUCCCCACCAGAGGUCGACGAAUCCGUCAGUUCAGGCACCGGUCCUUCCUAUAGCCAGCCCAGCGGCUACUCCGUCGCCAACUCGAGCUACGCAGGCAGCCAGAGCGGCGACUUUGAGAGCGCCGCCUCCGCUUCCGGUGUCGACCUCAAUGAGUAUAUGCAGGAUCGUUUUGCCCAGUCCUUCGAUCCCAUCCCGCUAGAUCGCAACAUCGCUAUCCAGGCACAAACUUCCGGCAAGCUCAACGCUAAGCACCGCGAACUCCUCGAACUCCAGCAAAAGGCACAAGCACGCCUCGCGAAGACUCGCGAGCGCUUCAACGAGGGCUACCGCGAUGCGCAGGAAGUUCGCGCGGAUCUCGAGUGGACGCAGAAAAAAGUCACGAGCCUCAAGAACAAGGCGUCAAGGAAACAUUCUAAAGAGUACAGCAAGGCCCGCGCGCGGUAUCCCUCGCCAGACUCCUUCUAACCUUUUUCCUCGCGAGAAAAUGUUCUUCGGCUGGCUCCCCACGACCCGUUCGGUCGGCUGCGCAGCGAGAAAGAGGUGUCGUCAAGUUGGAUGAUGUGCAGCUCGCAGCGGUCAGGGGUAAAGUUUGGG